GCGGUCGGCGGCGGCCGCUACGAGGCUAACAAAAUGGCGGCUGGCGGGGCUGUUGCUGCGGUGCCUGAGUGCCGGCUUCUGCCCUACGCACUACACAAGUGGAGCUCUUUUUCUUCUACCUACCUUCCCGAGAACAUUUUAGUGGAUAAACCAAAUGACCAGUCUUCAAGAUGGUCUUCAGAGAGCAACUAUCCACCCCAGUAUUUGAUUCUAAAACUUGAAAGGCCUGCUAUAGUUCAGAAUAUCACAUUUGGAAAAUACGAGAAAACACAUGUCUGCAAUUUGAAGAAAUUUAAAGUCUUUGGUGGAAUGAAUGAAGAAAAUAUGACAGAGCUAUUGUCUAGUGGUUUAAAGAAUGAUUAUAACAAAGAAACAUUCACCUUGAAGCAUAAAAUUGAUGAACAGAUGUUCCCUUGUCGAUUCAUUAAGAUAGUUCCACUCUUGUCGUGGGGGCCCAGUUUUAACUUUAGCAUCUGGUAUGUUGAACUUAGUGGCAUUGAUGAUCCUGAUGUAGUACAACCAUGUCUCAACUGGUACAGCAAGUACCGUGAACAGGAAGCCAUUCGCCUUUGCCUAAAACAUUUCAGACAACACAACUAUACAGAGGCUUUUGAAUCACUGCAAAAGAAAACUAAGAUAGCCCUGGAACAUCCUAUGUUAACAGAUCUACACGACAAACUGGUGUUGAAGGGUGAUUUUGACGCUUGCGAAGAAUUGAUUGAGAAAGCAGUAAAUGAUGGCUUGUUCAAUCAGUAUAUCAGUCAACAGGAAUAUAAACCACGAUGGAGUCAAAUCAUUCCCAAAAGCACCAAAGGUGAUGGAGAAGAUAACCGGCCAGGAAUGAGAGGGGGUCAUCAGAUGGUUAUUGAUGUUCAAACAGAGACUGUUUAUUUGUUUGGUGGCUGGGAUGGAACACAAGAUCUUGCUGACUUCUGGGCAUACAGUGUGAAGGAGAACCAAUGGACAUGUAUCUCUAGAGACACUGAAAAAGAGAAUGGCCCAAGUGCCAGAUCAUGUCAUAAAAUGUGCAUUGAUAUUCAACGGAGGCAAAUCUACACAUUAGGACGUUAUUUGGAUUCCUCUGUGAGGAACAGCAAAUCUCUAAAAAGUGAUUUCUACCGUUAUGACAUUGACACAAACACAUGGAUGUUACUAAGUGAAGAUACUGCUGCUGAUGGAGGACCGAAAUUGGUGUUUGAUCAUCAGAUGUGCAUGGAUUCAGAAAAACAUAUGAUCUACACCUUUGGUGGUAGAAUUUUGACAUGUAAUGGCAGCGUAGAUGACAGCAGAGCCAGUGAACCACAGUUCAGUGGAUUGUUUGCUUUCAACUGUCAGUGUCAAACCUGGAAACUUCUUCGAGAGGACUCCUGUAAUGCUGGGCCUGAAGAUAUACAGUCUCGGAUAGGACACUGCAUGUUAUUCCACUCAAAAAAUCGUUGCUUAUAUGUAUUUGGUGGCCAGAGAUCAAAAACCUAUUUAAAUGAUUUCUUUAGUUAUGAUGUGGACUCUGAUCAUGUAGACAUAAUAUCAGAUGGCACCAAGAAAGACUCCGGGAUGGUUCCAAUGACAGGGUUCACACAGAGAGCAACCAUUGAUCCAGAACUAAACGAAAUACAUGUCUUAUCUGGACUCAGCAAAGACAAGGAAAAGAGAGAAGAGAAUGUCAGAAAUUCAUUCUGGAUUUAUGACAUUGUGAGAAAUAGUUGGUCUUGUGUCUAUAAGAAUGAUCAAGCUGCAAAGGAUAAUCCAAGUAAAAGUCUACAGGAGGAAGAGCCAUGUCCAAGAUUUGCCCAUCAGCUUGUUUAUGAUGAGUUACACAAGGUUCAUUACUUAUUUGGUGGGAAUCCAGGAAAAUCUUGUUCUCCAAAGAUGAGACUUGAUGACUUCUGGUCACUGAAGCUGUGUCGACCUUCUAAAGAUUACUUGCUCAGGCAUUGCAAGUACCUCAUAAGAAAACAUAGGUUUGAAGAAAAGGCCCAAGUAGAUCCUCUUAGUGCUCUAAAAUAUUUGCAAAAUGAUCUUUAUAUAACUGUGGAUCAUUCAGACCCAGAAGAGACAAAAGAGUUCCAGCUUCUAGCUUCUGCUCUGUUCAAAUCUGGUUCAGACUUUACAGCUUUAGGAAACUGGUAUUAUUGGCAGUGUUACGUUCUAUUCCUACUCUUCACAAGAUUAAAACAGAUUGGGCCUAAAACUGUAUUCUGAGUUGAAUGGAAAUCAGACUGAUUUGAAGCAGUCCUCAUUGACCCAUCCUGGCAUCUAUAACUCUUUAUAGCUCUAGUUCUGUUUCUGAUGGUACUCUGCAGUGGUCGCAUGUCUCAGCUAGCCAUUUCAACACAGAAAAAUCACAUAUUUUGUCAUUUAAGUAUCUCAUUUGUAAAAAAUCUGAAGCACCGAAAAUCAGUGUACCAGAUGACUGAAAGAAGGGGGCAUCUUAUUGAAUGUUGUGUUGGGUAGUAGAAACUUGAAAAUUAAACUUUUACCAGAGGUUAAAAAAGAAGUAUCUUUAGAGUAACAGUCUCCACCUUCUAAUAAUGUCAUCUACUUUCUUUAUCUGAAAAAAAAAUAGUUCAUUUUACAUCCUUACAUUACCAGCAGAGAGCCUGAUAUGUAGUACUGUACCAUGGCAUUUAUUAUGGUACCAUGGUACUCUUCUAUAUACUGUUGGUUUCUUUCAGUCACUUCACUGAGUUCUCUGAUAGUACUUCUAGCUCUCAAAGCUCUCUAAAAGUCGUUUUCAUUUUGAUUUUAUUUUUAUUAUCAAAAUAUUCGGUGAAUCAGAAACAUUAAAAGGUAAGAAGAAAAGGACUAAAAUUUCUUUAAUGGACUAACAGAGGAAAAAACUUUAUAAGGAAUCGAAAUCAGUAUUAGUUACUAAAGUGCCAGUCUUUCUCCUAGAUACUUGACAUAUAAUUGCAUUUAAUCACAAUGAUCUUAUAAACAGGAUUAUCACACAUUUACAGCGGCAGAAACAGAAGUGCUGAAAGCUGCUUAGCAAAGCUGAUAAUACCUAAGUCCACAGUACUCCCAAGUUGUAGAAUAGGGAUCGUAUUGACAGAGUCUGUCUGGUUUUGAAGCUUGAUUUUUUUUUUCCCCAUUAAACAUUUGCUGCUGGUUUGAACUAA